CAAAAAAAUGAAGCAAGAGGAUUGCAGAAGCAAGAGGAUUGCAGAGCAAGUAGGACACGAUGCGGUGCCAGUGAAAAAAGUUCCUUGGGAAGAGCAACAGUUGAUGAAGAAAGUGAAGCGUCUGCAAUCGGAGAACGAAAAGUUGAAGGUGCAGCUGGAUGAUAUGGUGGAUUGUUUUGUGGAAACGAAGGAGGCUCUUGAGAAGGAAAAACGUGUGACGGACUUCCUGAAAAAGGCGAUUUCCGAUCUCAAAACUCUUCCGAUUGAAUGUGAGAUUUGUGCAGUACAAUAUGGGGAUUCUGGAAUGACCGUGCCUCGUGUUCUGCCGUGUGGCCACACAAUUUGCACCGAAUGCGCUGGAAAUAUUAUCCAAAACAAGAUGAUCCGUUGUCCAUUCGAUAGAAAAGUGUACAAGUUCAAUAACAAGACGAUCGAGAAUCUGCCCAAGAAUUUUUCUCUCAUAAAUCAGUAGAAAUUCGAAUAAAUGAUUUGAAAAAUACUG